GGCAUGAGCACCAUAAAAACUCACAUUUUCGUUCCGAGAACAAUGAACUUCGAGCUGAAAAUAUGAGGUGCAGAGAAGCCCUUAGCAAUGCACGUUGUCGUGCAUGUGGUAGUGCCAUUGCUGCUGCCGAAAUGUCUUCUAAUGAGCACUGUUUAAGAGUUGAGAAUGCUCAACUGCGAGAACAGAUUGAAUACCUAGCGGCAUUUCUAGCGAAAUUCGUUGGCAAGCCCUUGGGGGAUGAUGCUGUUACUCCAUCUUCUACUGCUUCAGCAACAAUUGAUACUGAUGCAGUUCAAAAAUUAAAAGGGAAGCAGAAGAUUGAUGACUGA